GGAGUGUGCAGACGUCAUCUCCCAGCAGCCCUGUGCUGCUUGGUUUCCAUGGCGACACCGCAACAUGGGCCGGCGCGGUACGCGGCGGCUCGGGUAGCUCUGGUGGCGGAGCUUCUGGUUUACCCAGAGGUUCGGUCCUUGGGGCAGAAAGCUUUUGGUGACUUGAGAAAGGCGGACCUGGCGCUGCGAAAGGCGCAGCUCUUGAAGCUUCGCGACGGUGAGGUGGACUUGGAGCUUCUCUUCCCUCCUGAUGACCCAGAGGCAGCCUCCGAGUGCUCUCAAACCUUUGCCUCCGAUGCCUAUGGCCUCCGCCGCUGGGCGCGACAGGAUUCGCAGGAUGCUGGUGCAGCCGAGGAAGGACUGGAAGGAGAGGGCCUGGGCGGUUUAGGCCAGCCUGCUGUGGUGGACGUUGGUGCCAACGUGGGGUGUUGGAGCAUCUUUGCUGCCAAAGUCAUGAAGGCGCAGGUCGUGGCUGUGGAGCCCAGCCGGCACGCUGCCUUCUACCUCGCGUGCAACGUGCGGCUGAACCGGAUCGAGCCGCAGGUGACUCUCAUGAACGCUGCCAUGGUUCCAAGAGACUGCACGGGCCAAAUGCAGGUCUUCUGUAAUCCAGGAACAUCUGAUGUGCAGGGAGGCUCCGUCCUUGACAUGCUACACCAAUCCUGCAACGACGAUGAGGAUCAUGAUGUGGUGGAAGGUGUUGAUCUCGAGUCUCUGUUGGAGAAGACUCGAUCUUCGACGCAUCGACUCUACCUGCGGAUGAACUGCGAGGGCUGCGAAGUUUGGACCCUGGGUGAGCUCGGCCCAGGGACUUUACGGGGGAUUGCCAAGAUCUCCGUCGAAGCCUUUGGACAUGAACCGAAGCACUCGGUGCUGCUGGCACAUCCGGCGACGCCGCGAAUGCUGCAACUUCUGUGCAGCGAUGCCGUGUGGCCCAAAGAGCAGCGGCAUGUGGCGCCUGCCCGGCUGUGCAGCGUGAAGGACGUGGUAACCAUAUUGAAUUCGACAGGCAUUUGAAGUGACUUCCCAGAGAUCUUGGAAAUGCCCGGUUUCUGGGGUUGCCUUCCUCCUCUCUUUGUUUUCAAUCUCUCCCUCUUGAGAUAUCUAGAGGUUGGAGAGUGAUACACCCGUCGGAGUGAUUUUUGGCUGCUUAAGCGAGGACAGACUCGAGUCGUGCGCAGAGAACAGAAAUGGCACGCUCUCGCUGCAAGCUCGGGUCCUGAGGGUUUGGAUGAACAUUGGGUCCCAUAGAAUGCACAUGUGCC